UCUCAGGGUUCGGCGCGCCCCCUAACUUCCGGGGUGCGCAUCUCUUUCAGGCGGUGCGGGAGGGGCGCAGAGGCAAAAGGGCAGCAGAGCUGGAGGGAGGAGCGAGAGGCUCGGCGCUGAAGCUCAGCCUCGGAAUACUCUCUCUUUAGACUUCAACAUGGGGUCCUCCAAGAAGGUUACUCUCUCAGUGCUCAGCCGGGAACAGUCGGAAGGGGUUGGCGCACGAGUCCGCAGGAGCAUUGGGAGACCUGAGUUAAAAAAUCUGGAUCCAUUUUUACUGUUUGAUGAAUUUAAAGGAGGUAGACCAGGUGGAUUUCCUGACCACCCACAUCGAGGUUUUGAAACAGUGUCUUACCUCCUGGAAGGGGGCAGCAUGGCCCAUGAGGACUUCUGUGGACAUGUUGGUAAACUGAACCCAGGAGACCUGCAGUGGAUGACAGCGGGUCGGGGCAUUCUGCACGCUGAGAUGCCUUGUACAGAGGAACCAGCCCAUGGCCUACAACUAUGGGUUAAUUUAAGGAGCUCAGAGAAGAUGGUGGAACCUCAGUACCAGGAACUGAAAAGUGAAGAAAUCCCUAAACCCAGUAAGGAUGGUGUGACAGUUGCUGUCAUUUCAGGAGAAGCCCUGGGAAUAAAGUCCAAGGUUUACACUCGCACACCAACCUUAUAUCUGGACUUCAAAUUGGAUCAAGGAGCAAAGCAUUGUCAACCCAUUCCUAAAGGGUGGACAAGCUUUAUUUAUACCAUAUCUGGAGACGUGUAUAUUGGGCCUGAUGCUGCACAACAGAAAAUAGAACCUCAUCACACUGCAGUGCUCGGGGAGGGUGACAGUGUCCAGGUGGAGAACAAGGAUCCUGAGAGAAGCCACUUUGUCUUAAUUGCUGGAGAGCCAUUAAGAGAACCAGUUGUCCAACAUGGUCCGUUUGUGAUGAACACCAAUGAAGAGAUUUCUCAGGCUAUUCUUGAUUUCAGAAAUGCCAAAAAUAGGUUUGAAAGGGCCAGAACUUGGAAGUCAAAGAUCGGGAACUAGUAAAGAACACAAGAGCAGAUCUCCACAGUUUCUUAGAAUUUUGCUCUUUGUGACAUCCAACCAUUCAAGGCAUUCAAUUUCUAAAGCUGACCAAGCCAGCAUUUCCUAAGAAUUCCACAUUAAAGUGAUAACACAAUUUUUGUAGCAAUGCACAUAGGAUGUUACCUGGCACAUGCAAAUAAACCUAAUCGUUGCUUCCUUAAAAA